AUGAAACUCAAGGCAAAGAUUGCAAAGCUCAGAACACAACUGCUAGAGCCUCCAAAAGGUUCUAGUGGCGGUGGAGAUGGUUUUGAGGUAACAAAAUAUGGCCAUGGACGUGUUGCACUUAUAGGCUUUCCAAGUGUAGGAAAGUCCACGCUUUUGACGAUGUUAACUGGCACACAUUCUGAAGCAGCCUCAUAUGAAUUUACAACGCUUACAUGCAUCCCUGGAGUCAUUCACUACAACGGCACCAAAAUCCAGUUGCUUGAUCUUCCUGGGAUUAUUGAAGGCGCCUCAGAAGGAAAGGGACGAGGGAGGCAGGUUAUUGCUGUCGCAAAGUCUUCAGACCUUGUGUUGAUGGUUCUUGAUGCCUCAAAGAGUGAAGGUCACAGGCAGAUACUGACUAAGGAACUUGAAGCAGUAGGUCUGCGUUUAAACAAAAAACCUCCACAGAUAUACUUCAAGAAGAAGAAGACCGGUGGGAUAUCUUUCAACACUACCGCACCCUUGACUCGCAUUGAUGAGAAGCUCUGUUAUCAAAUUCUUCAUGAAUACAAGAUUCACAACGCUGAGGUUCUGUUUCGUGAAGAUGCUACGGUGGAUGACUUUAUUGAUGUCAUUGAAGGCAACCGCAAAUAUAUCAAGUGUGUAUAUGUCUACAACAAGAUCGAUGUUGUUGGAAUCGAUGACGUGGAUAGGCUAGCACGCCAGCCAAAUUCCAUUCUGAACUUAGACAGGCUACUUGCAAGAAUGUGGGACGAAAUGGGACUUGUGAGAGUUUACUCAAAGCCUCAAGGCCAGCAACCAGAUUUCGAUGAGCCCUUUGUCCUCUCAGCUGAUAGAGGUGGCUGCACAGUGGAAGACUUCUGUAACCACGUCCACAGGACUCUGGUGAAAGAUAUGAAGUAUGCACUGGUUUGGGGCACAAGCGCUAGGCACUACCCUCAACAUUGCGGUCUUGCUCAUCGUCUUGAUGAUGAGGAUGUUGUUCAAAUCGUCAAGAAAAAGGAGAGAGAGGAAGGAGGAAGGGGACGUUUCAAGGCACACUCAAACGCGCCCGCCAGAAUUGCAGAUCGGGAGAAGAAAGCUCCACUUAAGCAAUAA